UCUGUGGAAACUUACACUUCUAAAUAUGGUUUUCUCAAAGCUAUUCUGGAGAAGUGUGCAUAUAGAUACCAUCUUUUAGACACAAGCGUCUGGGGGGAGGAUGAUGAUGCUCAGGUUGCAGAUCUACUUCAGAAGAUUGAAGUUAUGAUCACAGAAAACAAAGAUGGAGGAGGACCAGGAUAUGAGAUCACAACUGAUAAAACAACUGACUGGGAGAUGAAGGAGGUUGUGGAGAGGGCCGCUUUAAGACGAAGCAAAGUGAAGCUGGUCAGACGUGCUCUCAGAUCUCUGAAAGGAACGUCUCCUUCACUUUCAGAAGUCCGGAUUCUUAUUGUGGGGCCAAAGCACGUUGGAAAGAGCUCUUCUGCAAACACUAUCCUUGGAUAUCACGUUGUUUCUCCUGGAUAUCCGACAUUUCUGUGCACAGAGAGACGGGGUGUUGUUGGCAAAAGAGCUGUCUCUGUGAUCGAUACUCCUGGAUGGCAUGGACGAUACUGCUCUGAAAACACACCUCAGGAGGUUCAGAAGCAGAUAUCCAACAGUGCAUCUCUCUUUAAACCUCACCUCAUCCUUGUAGUCGUACGCUGUGAUGAAACCUUCGCUGAAACUGACAAAAGGAAAGCAGAGGAGCACUUGAGCUUACUUGGACUUUGGGUUUUGAGUCGGAUCAUUGUGCUCUUCACAUGGGGGGACAAACUGAGAAUGACUUCCAUCGAGGAACACAUCGAAAGAUGGCCCUCUCUGCAGCAGCUGGUGGACAAAUGUGGAAACAGGUAUCAUGUUUUUGAUAAUACAAAGAGGGCUGAAGACCUUCAGGUUGAAGAUCUGUUACACAAGAUUGAAGAGACUGUGAUGCAGAGUGAUACAUCAUGCUUGAUGAAGAGUUUAAUUGACCUUCAACAAACCAACAAAAAGCUGGCGCAAAGCUCCAAAAGGAUUGCAAAAAAGUUUGAGAAUGCAAAAUCCAACACAGAUCUCCUUGUGCAAUUGGUUGAGGAGAAAGAGAGGAUAGUAGAAGACUUGAUUAAAUCAACCAGAGAGAAAGAUGAUCAAAUUGAAGCCUUGAAAAAGACAGUAGAAGAAGAGAAAACCAGAGGUGCCAAACAAAAACAAGAUCAUAAUGAAGUGAUCAGCAGAAUAUUGGAGGACAGUAAGGAGAACGGCAAUCUUAGAACCGUUCUCGGGGAAAAAGAGGAGAUGAUAAGAAGUCUGAAAGAGAGCUGUGCUGCAAACGAUGAGCUAAUAAAAGCUACCAAGCAAAAGGUUGAGGUGAAAGAGAAAAUGCUGCAUGGAAAAAUGAAGGAGGCAGCAGUUUUGAAGACAAUGUGUGAGAGAAAAGAUAAAGAACUCGAACAAAUGAUGACGGACCACAAACAGGAAGCAAAAGAACUCAAAGAGGCAGCCGAGCGACUCAGGAGAGAAAACGAAGAUACAAAGAAAGUGCUACAGGCAACAAUGAAAGCGAUGCAGAUGCACCUUCUGAGAAUAGAGACAGAGGUCAACUCUGAAUUUUCUGAAAACAAACGCGAGCAAAAGGCAAUGAGGGAGCUCCUCAGACAAAUGAACUGGGCCUUCACAAUCACAUCAGGCCCCUGUGGAAACACCAGACCAAAACCAGGCGAUAAAACACAGUCAGUGUUGGAUGACUGCAUCGGGGCCCCUAAGAAGAACGAGACUGCAAACCCUGAGGCUGACUGGACCUGGCUCAGAGCUGGAGGCGCAGCGCUGGGAGCUGCGAUUGGGGCCUUUGUUGCCUCCUUCAGAUUGCCUGCAGGGACCAGUACCAAAUCAACUGUUUGGGCUGCAGCUGGGGCUGCACUGGGCAGCUUACUGGUCCAAGGAAUAAAAUCAGAACAUGGAAAUAAAAAGCAGAUGAGUUAGAAAUACAUGAGAUGCCUCUGAAACCACACACACCCCUGAUAAGUAUAAUUGAACUUUAUAUACUCAGACUCUUCAAGAAUAUGUAAUGUGUUUAAAAUAUCUGUUUUUAUUCAGAUACUGAGUGCAAACAAACUGAGACUUUUAAAAAUGUAUUUUAAUUUCAAAUAUUUGUUUUGCUUUUAAUCACUUGAAAGGCAUAACCUGAAUAUACUCUCAUGUCAAUAUAAUGUAAUGAUAAUUUAAGUCUUUAUAUCAUAGAUAAAACACAACCUACAUUCAGAUAAAAGAGAACCAAUGCCACUCAAGAAGCUCAACACCGUAACGCAAAUAUAGCGCCUUGUUAAAUAUUCACACCCCAACGUUUUCACAUUUUGCUCCUUUACAACCAAACAAAACUCAAUGUAUUUUAUUGGGAUUUAUUAAUCCAACAGACCAACAUAAAGAAAUACAUGACAGUGAAGUGAAA